AUGUCGACCGUUCUCGAACAGUCAUCAUCAUCGUCAUCCUCCUCCGUUCCAAGCCAUGGGGUUGUACACAAAGGAGUGUUUGAGAAAGACCAGAGCAUUGUAGAAACUGUGGAAGCCCCGCCUCCUCUCGGUGCUCCACUCGAAGAAAAGCGGUUUUGGUUCCAGAGGACCAAAGGUUACGACCCUGGAGCUAUCGCGACUUUGCCCAGUGUCUACGAUGAUCCUGAAACUGCCAAACAGUAUCAGCCUCGUGCCGAUUGGGAGAACGUCCAUCGUUUCAACCCCCUCGCAAGAUGGAAUUGGGGCGAGGAAAACAAAUUGAUCCGCAAAAUCGACCUGCGCAUUCUGAUAUUCGUAUGCAUCUGCUUUAUGGCGCUGGAGAUUGACCGCGCAAACAUCCAGCAAGCCAAUACCGAUAAUUUCCUUCGAGAUCUGCACCUCACGACCAACGGUGAGUAG